UAUUUGGUAUGAACGACAUCGUUUUUGUUUGACGCUUCUUCCUUUUCCCUUUCCCCUUCUCUUUAGCUUCCAAAAUCCUCAAUCCGGAACUCGUAAAAGAACUCCUUUCCUUCUGUCUCUGUAAUGGCAGUAAUAGAUUCGAUCACAGAUUACAGUCGAACCCAACGGGUAGUUCUUCUCAUAGACCUAAACCCAUUUCUCUACCUCGAAGACCAAAACCCAUACCUGGCCUCUCUUCUUUCCACCGCCAGAACUCUUCUCUCUUUCCCUCCUCUUUCAUCUUCUCUUUUCUCAUUUAAACCUUUCUUUUCUUCCCUCUCUCCUAUCCUUUCCUCCUCUAAGCUCAACAUUCCUUCACUGUCUCUCUCCUUCAACCACCCAAAUUCCACCCUCGAGUCUCUCACUCAGACCCUCACUUCUCUCCUCUCUACCUUCGAUAGAACUUCGAUCUCUUCCCUCUCGCCUCGGGCUUUUCACCUCGCUUCCUCGAUGCGGCAGCUCGUUCAUGAUUACCCGUGGGAUUCGGUGAUCUGUGAUUCACUUGCGGGUACGUUUUCGAAUCGCGACUCUUUUGUUAAAUCGAAUUUAGUUGUUUUGUUUUCCCCAGUUAUUAGGUCUUCGAAAUGCUUCUCAGAGUUCUUAAGUGUGGAACUGGAUGAUGAGUGUUUGAGCAAUGUGGACGGGUUGAUUAAGAAGUUUCGUGAAUUCUUUGAGAGCGUCAAUGAGGCUUUUGUAACUAGGGACAUCCAAUUUAGUUGGAUUGAUAUGAAGUACGAGAUCUGGUGUUGUGCGGAUAAGGGUGAUUUUGUUGAACCCGAGUUGGAAUUUGGGCUUUUCAAGAGUGGGAUUCGGGAUUUAGGUUGGGGAUUUUGUUCAAGUGAAGCCAUUGUUUUGGGUUCAGCACUCAUUCCUUUUGGACUAAUUUAUCCAAGCAUUGGAAUUUUGCCUAGAUUUUUUAAUUUGGAACAUAAUUGUAAGAGUAUUAAUGCGCAACUGAGUCUCAAGAUACUAGAUGUGAGUGGAAACCCUUUGGAAUGUAAGUGUUGUGAUAUUGAAUUGGUUAGCCUGAACAUGUUUAAUAACCCAAAAUUCAUGGAUCAGCCAUCUGCUAGUUGUGAAAAAAUGAAAAGGUUUUGGGGAGAUUUUAGCCAUGGAAUUACAAAACUCCAUGUUAAUGCAGUUUUUAAACAUGAUAAGCGUGUACAAUUUGAUGGGUUAUUAUCUGACCCCAUUCUUGUGCGUGAGCUGCCAGGGGUAUCUAAGAAGGAUCGAAAGGAAAGUUGUAGUGGACAUUUUGAAGAUAGAGUUCUUGAAAUGCUAGGCAUGGAAAUAGGCAAAUCUGUGUCAAGAAAAUCUCCACCCCUUUGGGAAAUUCUUUUCAGUUUUCUGUACAGAGAAGAUUGCUGGGCUUUGGUGUCUCUUUCAAAUGGCAAUGGAAAUUCACUUUCAGGAGUCCUGAAGCCUUUCACAAUUUCUUUAGUUCUCCUCUUGAUUAUAAGGGAUGAAUUUAACCCUCAUGGUAUCAUAAAUGAAUUUGAUAGAGCUGUUUCAGGUCAAUUUGUUAUCAAAACACAGCCUGAGAUUUGUAAUCCCAACAUUGGUUUGAGCCACUCCAUUGGACUUGUGGGUUCUCAAUCCGGGUCGUCACCUUCAGACAAGCCUGCUGAAUUUGAAGAUGGUAAAAGGAAGAAGAAGAAGAAGAAAAAAGACUUACAUAUGCUUCAAGAACUAACGUGGAGUGCCUUCUGUAAGGCAGCAUUGGAACACUUGGACAUAGAUUUGGAAGAUGUUUGCUUUGCUAGAGGAUACAGCAAGUCAAAGAAAUUGAAAUUUCUGAAAUGCUGGAUGAAACAGAUGAAGAAAUCUAGCACUUAUAGUUUGACCAUGCCUGAUAGAUCCAAGCUGCAUCAGGACAUUCCAAAAGAAAUGGACAAUAGAUUCACCAAGCUGUCUCAGGAAUCUGAACAGCCAAUUGCUUCUUGUUCCUCAGUGGGAGAGGAUUCUUUAACUGGGGCUUCUAGAAUACAGGAUGAAGUUGCUCUUGGUUUUUCCUCAGGAACUUUAGAAAGUUUCUUUAAUGACAUUCCCCACAAAAUCCAGCAAGGGCUUGAAUCUGAAGAAAUAGACUUGGGUUCUUUGGCAAAUCGACUUGUUAGCUCAUCUAUAUAUUGGUUAUAUAAAAAAUAUGAAAAGGAAACCUUGUCAGAGAGUGAAAUCCAUGCUGUAAAAUCUGAUGAUCCUUCUACUAGUAUAAUUGCUGCUGAGCUAACAAAACUUUUACUUAGGGAUCCUAAAGACUUGGCUGCUAUAUACAAAGGCACUGAUCCUUCCUUUCGGGCAUCCAAUCUGAGUGCUGCUACGGCUACUUCAGAAAAUAUAGUUCGAGAAUACGAAUUACAAAUUUUGUUUCGCAUGGAGAUACUCCAAUCAGAGGUUGGACCAAGUUUUGGGGAGUCUACAAAGCAAAAGUAUGUGAAGCAAAUUUGCUUUUUCUUAGAGAACAUUCAGUGGCAUCUGCAGGGAGGCUUUUUUGGCGAUUGGAGCCUUGAUAAAUAUGUGGAAAACGUCAUAAACAGCAGGUAUUGUCAGAGUCUUGGGGAUGUGGUUCAGAGGAUUUACACCAAAAUGGACCUUUUGCUGUUUGAGGAUGAAGAUGAAUCCCCUAAUCCAUUGCUGAAUAGUGAGGACAGUAACCAGUCCCGGAGAGAAAAACACAAGGAUGAAAUGGAUGAAAACUGUAGAAGUGAUGAUCCAUUUUCUGCAGAACUUCAGUCCUUCCAACCAAUGGAAAAUGAGCAUCAGAGCCCCAGACGGACGAACCAUGAUGAGCAUGCUCGUAAAUUAAUUGAAGCUCAGGAACGGAGACAAAGGGCUCGUAGAUUUUCAUCUUUCAACAGAGGGAUUCCAGAUUUGCAGAGAGUUUGGGCACCAAAGCAGCCGAAGACAAUGAAGGUAAAGUCAAAUCCUCUUCAGAAGCUGUCAAAAAGAAAAGAAUGGAGAAGUGUAAGCUAUGACACAGUAUGUGAGACCCCAUUGAUGGGAACGAAAUAUUCAUGCAGGAGUGGCAGCAGUUCUGAGAAAGAUCGCCAAGAUAAUGGGACUGGAUUGUGCGGUUCCGUUUCUAAGGCUUUGUUUCAAGAUGAUUCAAGUCAGAGCAACAGUAAUUAGGAUGCCUAAUGACCUGCUUUCACAAAUUCUUAAUGAAAAUAAUGAAUUCUGAACAA